AUGGACGAUUUGCAAUGGGCUGGUAAUAGUUCGUCCGUUUCAACUUUCUAUCUCUUUCGCUCCCGCUCAGUUCUCAAGAUGAGUACGAAGAUCAUCAAGCCAAGUGCCGGUGAACCCGACCCCUUCGAGACAUCGAUCUCGCAGGCGUUGGUUGAGUUAGAAACUAACUCGGACCUCAAGGCUCAACUUCGGGAGCUCUACAUUACAAAGGCUAAGGAAAUUGAACUGCAUAACAAAAAGUCAAUCAUCAUCUAUGUGCCUAUGCCAAAGCUGAAGGCUUUCCAGAAGAUCCAGAUCCGCCUGGUCCGUGAGCUUGAGAAGAAGUUCAGUGGCAAACAUGUAGUCUUCAUUGGUGACCGCAAGAUCUUACCCAAGCCCAGUCACAAGACCCGUGUUGCCAACAAACAAAAGAGGCCACGAUCAAGGACACUGACAUCUGUGUAUGACGCCAUCCUCGAGGAUUUAGUGUUCCCAGCUGAAAUAGUAGGCAAACGUAUCAGGGUCAAACUGGACGGCUCACAGCUGAUCAAAGUGCACCUAGACAAGAACCAGCAAACCACAAUAGAGCAUAAGGUGGAUACCUUCCAAUCAGUAUACAAGAAGCUGACGGGACGUGAAGUCACCUUCGAAUUCCCUGAGCCCUACUUG